CAAUAGUCCAAAAAACAAGUUCGUGUAGAAGAAAAAUGACCUGAGAAGAGACAUCAAGAAAGAUGGAAGAUGAGAUGAGGAAGCUGUACAGUUGUGCUAUUUGCAACAAUUUGUUUGACCAUGCCACAGCCCUGAAGCGAUGCAACCACAUCUUUUGCUUUAGAUGCAUUUAUGGCAAAAUAACAGAACAUGACUGGAAAUGUUGUCCUGUAUGCUAUGUUGAAUUGGGUCCGGAUCCUCUCAAGAUACUAAGGCAUGACGACCCCCUUUUAUUGUCCAUGGAAAGUAACAACUUCAUUCGUGAACAUGACGUUGAGGACACAGGAUCAUAUCAGGAAGAGUCGGAGACGGAAUCUGAGAGUUCUGAAGAUGAGGAGACAGAAUCCGAUGAUAUGGAGACAGGUUCUGAAUGUGACGAGCCAAGGCCUUGAAUCUAUCGUUCAACAUUCUAUUUUUAUUCUAAAGUAUUCGCAAAUGUUAUGUUUUAAACAAUCUCUUUCGGACUCAAACUUGAUUUGCUUUUCAGUAUUUUCUUUCUAAACAAUCUCUUUUGGACUCAAACUUAAUUUGAUUAUAUGCACUUUAUUAUUGAUUUGGAGAGGA